AUGUUCGAUCAAACAAAAGAGUCGAGCCUAUGGGCCAAUCGGAAAUGCCUUCUAAUCUGUUGCAUAGUGAGCAUCGCAAACACUCAGUAUGGAUUUGAUACGGCCGCGGUCGGUGGCCUCCAAGCGAUGCCAGGCUUCCUCAAGGUCUUCGGAUUCGAAAACCCUAAGAGUCCCAUUGGAUACAGCAUUGAUCCUACUUUCCAACAGCUCAUCAGCUCUCUGCUCACACUAGGGUCUUUCAUCUCCUCUCUACUCGCUGGAGUCUUUGCUGCUUACUUCGGCCGGAAAAAUGCCAUCUGGCUUGCUUGUGUUUUGAAUGCUGCUGCUGUGGCCAUUCAAAUCGCGACAACUUCGAAAGGUGCUAUAUAUGUCGGUCGCCUCCUGCUUGGUAUUGCCAAUGGGUUCCUCGUGACCUUUUCGAACGUGUAUACUUCCGAGGCAGCACCAGCUCAUCUCCGUGGCGUCCUCGUGGCACUCUUUGCUUACUGGGUGAACAUCGGCAGCAUCCUCGGCGGCACCGUUAACAACUUCACCAAAAGGCGACUGGAUAAGUCAUGCUAUCAAAUUCCUCUUGGUUGUUUGUACAUUGUCCCGACGAUUCUUGCGAUUGGUCUGUUCUUCGUCCCCGAAAGCCCUCGUUUCCUGCUUCAUCAGGGCAGAGAGGCCGAAGCGAAGAGAUCCCUGGUUACACUUCGUGGCACGGCCUUGACAGCCGAGGAGCUGGAAUUUGAGUGGGCGGAGAUGGUGAGAGGUAUGGAAGAGGAAAAGAAGACGGCGAAGAGUGUCGGUUGGGUUGAUAUGUUCAGAGGAACCGACCUUCGUCGUACGCUCCUUUGCUACGGAAUGAUUUCCUGCCAGUCCGCUUCAGGCAUUUGGUUCCUAAUCGCAUACCAGACGUACUUCCUUCAGCAAGGCGGCGUCACCAAGCCUUUCGAGUACACAAUCAUGACGUCUUGCAUUGGGUUCAUUGGCGUUAAUGUCGGCAUGUACGCAAUGCGCCACAUAUUCGGUCGACGGUCAAUCUUGAUCCUCGGUGCCUGUGCAUGUGGCUUGUGCCAACUUAUACCCGCUAUUACAGCAAGCGCCGGUGUCUCUGCGCGAAUCCAGGCGAAUACGCUUACGGCAUUCAUUGCACUCUUCAAGUUCUUCUACAAUGGCUGUGUCGGCGGUGCCAGCUACCCUGUAGCAACCGAAGUGGUCAGCACGAGGCUGAGAGCUUGGACAGUCGGAAGCGCCACCGCUAUUGGAUAUCUUCUAGCAUGGCUGGUGAGCUUUUGUUCACCGUACUUCAUCAACCCUGCUGAAUUGGGCCUGGGCGCUAAAUAUGGCUACGUCUGGGCGGGUUCAAAUUUUGCCUGUGUAAUCUUCUUCUUCGUCUUCAUGCCAGAGAUGAAGGGCCGCAGCUUGGAGGAACUUGACGAGAUGUUCCUGAACCGUGUGUCAGUGCGUAAAUUCCCCAAGUACCAAAGCCAUCUGCGAGAAGACGCGGCGAACGAUGUCUUGCAGGGGAAGUUCGGAAUUGAUGAAAAGGUUGUUGUGGUAAGCCACGCCGAGGAAGUCGAGGCAGGUCAAGUUGCAGACAAGCGGGAGUAA